CUCCCCCACUACCCCCCUCCCUCCGUCCCUCCCUCCACCGUCGCACCCUGCCGCCCACAGCCCACCCCCUCUCUUUUUAUGGCCCUUCCCCUCCACCGGCCUUAGUUGGCUACUGGCUGUUGUUAUCCCUUCUGACUUCGUUUCAUAUCCCCUCAUGUUUCUAUCUUCCUUAUGAUAAAAUGUUCCUUCACCAGCAUUUUUAAAGGGCCGGGUUGUUUUUCCUGAAAUGAGUUUGGUGCUUAGAAAUCUGCAGCGAGCCGUCCCCCUCCGGAGAGCGCCACUCCGCAAGAAGAUGGAGAUAGUAAGGAAUAUUUUAGGAGUGCAGAAGUUCGACCUGGGGAUCAUCUGUGUUGACAACAAGAAUAUUCAGCACAUUAAUAGAGUCUACAGAGAGAGAAAUAUCCCAACCGACGUGCUUUCUUUUCCAUUUCAUGAGAAUCUGAAAGCAGGUGAAAUUCCCCAGCCGGAUUUUCCAGAUGACUAUAAUUUGGGAGACAUUUUCCUAGGAGUGGAGUAUAUCUUCCAGCAGUGCAAGGAAAAUGAAGAUUACUAUGACAUCCUGACUGUGACUGCCACCCAUGGGCUCUGUCACCUGCUGGGCUUCACACACAGCACAGAGGCCGAGUGGCAGAAGACCAGGAGAGCCUUCGAUGACGUCACCUCCAGCAGGCCUGUCUUCCAGGGACUCAGCCCUCCUGGGGCGUCCCUGCCCACCCGCCCAAUCCCCCCGGGAGGGAGUGUCCUCACGCACCCACCCCUGUGUGUCCUGGGCCUGGCUGACCGGCGUCCCAUCCUCCUGAGCCGCCCCAUCUGGCUCGUUCUGCAACCCCAGGCACGUUCUCCUCUCUCCUACCUGAGACCACCACCUCAGCCCCUGCCCUCAGCCCCUCCUGCUGGCUCCGUCCUUCACCCUGAGUGGCGUGUUGGCCCCCCACCGUGUGCAGGCGCUGGUGACGAUGUACCAGAAGGAGAAGCAGGUUCUCGAGGAGCUGAGCUGGCGGACCGGUACCAGGCUCCAGCCCCUGAGCAGGGGCCUCUUCUGAGGAUCGAGGCCCAGGACGGCACCCUGGUAUCGCAGGGUGCUCCAGAACACAGGGACACAGUGGCUGGAAGACAGACCCCUCCCUUUGGGCUCUGAGGAUCAGGGACUGCCCCAAACUGAGGGCCCUGCUGGUCCCUGCUGUCCUGUCGGGCUGCAGAAGUGCCAGCCCACGCUGGGGCUAAAUUUCCCGAGUGGAACCUGACCAAGUACAAGAGAAAUUUCCAUUCAUUAUUUAGAACACAGCAGACGUGUUCUUUCAGUAUUGUAAACAAAAUAGUUCUAAACUCUCAGAAUGGAGAGAUAGAGCACAUGAACCCCCCCGCCCCCUUGGGGUCCUGCGUUUGGUACAGAGGCCCUUCCCUCUCCCCCCUCUGCAGCCCACUCUAAUACGCAGCCCAGGCUGGACAUUCCCCUCACCCUCCUUCCUGCUGGAGUCCCAGUGGAUUUGGUUCCCGCCCAACCCUCAGGAGCACUGUAACCUGGAGCCUUCACUUGGCACCUCUAUGACAGGAGGGACAAGGCUCACCCUUGGGGUGGCUGCAAGGCCCAGGAUGACCCCAGCCAGGUGACCCACAGUGGACGUCUCCUAUCUGUGGUGUCUCCCGAGAUGGGCAUGGCCCCUGGUCAGGGCAUUUGCCUGUAGACUGUACCUGAGUCCUCCACUGUGGCAGGGGCGUGGCCAGAGCUCUGGGGCCCCAGCUCCCCCUUACUGCCCACUGAGCUGUGUUAAGUGUCUUCUGGCUCAAGGGAGGCACCUGAGCUCCAACAGCCGCAUCGCAUCCUCCCAGAGGAAAGCGUCCCUCCUGUCAGUAUUUCCUGCCUUGUCUUCUGGGUGUUAAAAUAAACCCAGGAGUCAUCACA